AUGAUGGUCGAAAAUCCUAAUUUAUGCGAAAGUAAUGAUGUUAAUGAGGAUAGGCGAUCAAGAAUUAUGAAAGAUGGUAUCACACAAGAUGGUCCACUUAAAAAAGACAUAGGUGGUGGCGUGAGAACAAAUGCCAUCCCUCCAAAUAGAAGUCAAACAUAUACCACAUGUCUCCAUUAUGUAAGGCGCAGAAAAGGAGCUAAAGAAGAGGAAGAUUGGUUGAUGUUGUUUCUUGGCUCCUGCAAGUCAACAAGGUCAUUUUAUGAAACUCUUCACCCAUAUGGUGGGUGUUUUACUCCUUCGGGGGAAGCUUGGUUCGAUAUAUGGGAACCUCCGCUAAGUAUCCAUAUACUCCUCCAGAUCGAGAAACUAGGAACCAAUCAACUACUUUACCACAUGAUAAGGCCCGAGAAGGAUCUAAAUAACAAGGCAAGGAUCAUUCCGUGCAAAUUAAAAAAACAAGAAGCUUUCCAGAAUCUUGAUAUUCUUCUAACUGUGGGGAAGCCUGAAGAAUCAUUGUUUGAUUCGGAGGGAAAUAUAUCUUGUGAUAAUAAGACGAUGACUUCGACCCAGAUAUAUCCAAAGAAGAUGUGGUUGAUCAUGUGGUAUGAUCGUAAAAAGAGGAUGGGGGUGAAGGAGAAAGACAAUGUUGAUGACCUUGGGUUACUUUUUGAGGAAUCGAAGGAUGAUGACUAUUAUCCAGAAGAUCCUGAUCAGAUAAAGAUAUCAAAGAGAAGAAAGAUGAGUCAAACUUCCCAUCAGACUUUGAAAGGGACAGUGGGAAGGAAACUGAAGCAGGUUCUAUCGUGCGCAAGAGGAAUGAAUUCACUCAGCAAAUGUCUCAACAAAGCUUUCAUAGUUUGUUGA